CGGUGUUGAUAGUGCGACUGCGGCAGUAGCAGCUCUGUUCUUGUGUACUGCUGAGGGUAACAGAAAGUGACCUUGCCAUCUUUCAACACUUCUAUACGCGCGGCAUAUUUAAACCAAAAUGGGCAAAGUCGAAGGUGGAAUGAAAUGCGUGAAAUAUCUGCUCUUCAUAUUCAACUUCAUAUUCUGGCUGAUGGGGACCCUGGUGUUGGCUGUGGGUUUGUGGUUACGUCUAGAGCAAGACACCGUCGCUCUGCUGAGCAGCGAGAAAGCACCCGAGACCUUCUUCAUUGGCGUGUACAUCCUGAUCGGGGCAGGAGGUUUGGUGAUGCUGGUCGGCUUCUUCGGUUGCUGCGGGGCCGUGCGGGAGUCGCAGUGCCUCCUCGGACUGUUCUUCGCCUGCCUUUUAAUCAUCUUUGGAGCGGAAGUUGCUGCUGGUGUGUUUGGCUUCUUAAAUAAAGAGAAGAUCAUUCAGGACAUUCAGACAUUUUAUCACGAGUCUGCUAAAGACAACAGCAACAGCACUGUAGUUCUCACCACCUACCACAGAGUGCUCAACUGCUGUGGCACCUCCAGCACGCAGGGGUCCCAGUGCGCCGACGUCCCACCCACCACCAAGAAUUGUGAUUCAGCCAUUGAGGAGUUCUUCAACAGUAAGCUCUUCGUCAUCGGAUAUGUGGGAAUAGGAAUCGCUGGAAUCAUGAUUAUUGGCAUGAUCUUCAGCAUGGUCCUGUGCUGUGCCAUCCGGAACAGCCGCGAGGUGAUCUAACGUAGC